AUGGCUCGCUCAUCAAGUAUCGAUUUAGAUUCGCCAGAUCGACCAUUUGACAACAUCAUCAACUUCCGAGAUGUUGGUCGAACUAUCAAUCAGUUCUGUGGUACACAGAUCUUAAAAGAGGGUGUUCUCUUUCGCAGUGCCAGGCCGGAUGAUGCAUCAGAACGAGAUACGCGGCGCAUGGCCGAAGAGUUUCAAAUAUCCACAGUCAUUGAUUUACGAUCAACGUAA